UUAAGCAGAAAUCUAUAUCAGACUUAUCAAAAGUCUCAGAUGAUGUCGGUUUUAACAGAAAAAUAUAAUUCUGCUGAGGAUAAUUAUUUACAAUUACAGGACGAAAUAACUAGGAAACAGAAGGAACUAGCUAAGAAAGCGGAAGAAUAUACGACGACAGUUGGUAGUUAUACUGCCUGGAACACAAACGUAGAUCUAGGACCUCCCGACUCCUCUGUCUCACUGACAAAAGAUGACGUACAUAUCCAGGAUUACUACAAUGCUUUACAGUAUAGCUUGUUUGAGAACAAUCUACCCGAGACUAUUGACAGAACGCAGAUACCGAGAACACGCCACCCUGAUACGGAAGUCGCAAUUGUUGUUUUGGCAUCACCGGUGGAAUGUCUAGCGAUACUGCUAGAAGGUGGGCGACAAUGUCCGGGCCAAAUGUUACUCGUGAUGUCACCUACGUGGCUCAUAAAGGAUAAAUCUAAUAAAGGUGAAGGUCAACAUUCACUUUUUGUCAAGAAAGCAAUUGUUUUUGAUCGUACGGGAACCUCCUUUAUCGAUGUUUUCGAGAAACCUAGACGGUGUACCUACUUUGUGAACUUCUUCACACGUGCAUGUACUGAUGGCCAACGAAAUGAUGGUGGGGAUAUUGAGUUGGAUUUGGACUGCCCGAUGUCCAGUUCUGUUGAGUUGUGCAAAUACGUGGACGAUAAAGUUUUGACUCGUAUAUGGAUGGCGGAAGCGGGUGUGCAUUACCCAGAAACACUAGCGGUUGUUUUUAAACCUGCGUAUGAAUACAAUGUUCCAAAUGAUGCGAAUAUUGAAGUUAUAGCUGUUGAAAAUAAACAGGACGCAAAAAAUACCAUUGAAGACAAAGUUAAACAUUUCCUGAAGUUAGAAAAUAUUCAGUCAAUUGGAAAGAUCGUGGUAAAACCCUCUGGUAUUAUGUGGCAUGGUAGCAGAUGUGUUUCGUUCCACGAAGUGACAAAAGUGGAAGAAAUUUGUAAAGCUGUGACGGACUUAUUAACCAUAUUGGAAGUAGAAAAUGCAGUUCUGAUCGAGGCAUUUUAUCACCCUGUAGAAUCAACAAACCCAAAAUUAGAUGAUUACUCGUUCAGACUGAGGACAAAUGUGUGUAGAAGAAUAGACGAUACGCCAAUUACAACACAGAUGGUUUGUGGGAUAGGUUUGAAAAAUCAGCCGAUCAAUGGCGACAAUACUAUUCCCCAUUCAUUUGAAACAACAAUGAAAAUGUGGAAUAUGGAUCAAGCUGAAAUAAAGCGACUACUGAAUACUGUAUCCAAAGGUUCGAAAAAGAUCAUGAAUAGUAUUAUUGAAUUUGAACGUACGCUUUCAGCAGAUUUAAGAGGAGGUGUCGGAGCUCAAACGGAUCUUAUCGGUAUAGACUAUGUUCUUGGAAUGGUAAACGGACAGAUGGAAGCAGUUGGAAUAGAAGUGAACAGUCAUGAUUGUACAAUCAAUUGUCAGUUAUUCGAAUUCUUGAACCCCCAUAGACAGGGAGAAGCAGUGAAACCACUAGUAGAGACCAUGAUCAGACGUUCUCAGAUGUUUGCGAUGCAAGACAAAACUGUUCUUGUUAUCGGGGCUGGAGGUUUCAGCAAAAGGUUUAUUUGGGACAGCUAUAAAUCUUUUGGUCUCAAUGUUGUAUUAGUUGAUCCUGACGAUUCGACUUAUGCUGCAUCUAAAGCUUCACAUUUUAUUCAGUACAAUUUCCUCGACCACAAACAUGACCAGGACCAUGCUACAGACAUUAUAAACAUUCUAAACAAGAGAGGGUUGACGGUUAAUGGCUGUGUUACCUUUUGGGAAGACUGUGGUCCUUUAGCAGCAACAGUUUGCGAAACACUGAAAUUAAAUGGACCAGGAAAGCAAGCAGCCCAAAUUGCCAAAAUGAAAAGCUGGACACAUAACGUAUUACGAACAAAAACAGGAGAUAUUCCACAUUUUCCCAGAACUCAUCUUUAUACCAGCAAGUGUCAUCAAGUUAAACGUGAGUCGGACAUAGAUAAGGCCAUAGACCACGUAGGGAUACCAGCAGUAUUAAAAUUAGAGUAUGGGUCUAGCGCUGUCGGAGUUAAACCAGUCCGCGACCGUAUACAGUGUACCAAUACAUACCAAAAAAUAAAACAUCAUCUUCGAUCGGAGGCGGAUCACCCUGGUAUUGGACUCGGAUAUGGAAACGACAUCAUGCUGAUGGAGAAUAUCGACGGCACAGAACAUGACGUUGAUGUCGUUAUCUUCCAGAGGCAACUCAUUACUGCAUUUGUCUCAGAUAAUGGACCAACUAGAAAUGAGUCGUACACAGAAACAACGGCCUUAAUGCCAACAUGCUUACCAUUGGAUAGAAAAGGACAGCUUAUAACCGCAGCAUAUCAGUGUUGUACUGAAAUUGGACUCGUUGAUGGUGUUUUUAACGUUGAAAUGAAAAUGACAAAUACAGGGCCAAGAUUGAUUGAAAUAAAUGCAAGAAUGGGUGGUUUUUAUCUGCGUGACUGGAUAAAGGCUUGCUAUGGACAUGAUAUCUUACUUUAUGCAUUCAUGAUUUCAUUAGGAAUUAGACCAGUGAUUUCAAAUAAUGAACCAAGUUGCACUAUACUGGGAACAAUGUGUGUUCCAUCCGCACACAAACAGCAAUUGAAAAAUCCAAACAAUUUGAAUUUGUUGAAUACACUGAUUCAAAAGAACGCUGUACGGUAUAACCAGAUCGAGGCUUCCUUGGAAGAUUGCGGAAGUUCAGACGAGGAAGAACCGUUUUGCAGCAUUGCAGUUGAGGACUUAAAUUUGAACACGAAAAGAGCAAAAAGAAAAUUAAUCAAUAUCUGCACUACACUUGGCCUAAAUACAAAGACAUAUGACUUAAAUUACUUACUGAGUGAUUUCAAGGAAUGAUUUACCCAACGUAGUCUGUUUAGACUGAUUACCACGUGUACAUUUAUAAAUUUGUUUCUUUGGUAAAAGGGACACUAGGAAAAGGGGACCAGUUUAGUCAAUAAUUAUUUAUCGAUUUAAUCAUUGUCAUUAUAGGACUGUACAAAAUUAGGAUAUUUUUCUUUACAUAAUAAUUUUGACAAUAGCAAUCUUCUUCAUCAAUCAACUAUGCCUUUACGUCUCAUUUGUAUUUAAAUUAAUGUGCUCUUUUCAUAAUUUUAUAACAUAUAGUUCAAAAAGCUACUUUGUAAAAUCUUAUAAAACCAUUGUUAUUUUUUCAUAGUUUUUUAAAAAAAAAGGUGGCAAUGUUAAAUGUAUGAAAAUUCUAGAGAGAAUCAUUUCCCGCAUAAUUUUCAAUUGACAAGGAUACAUUCUUUUCAUUUUUUCUGCUUUGAAGUUCCGUUAUUUAUAAACUAUCAAUGUAUAACAGUCUUUUAAAAAGCUUGUCAUUUUGAAACAGAGGAGUGAACAUCCUUAAUGUAGAUCACUAACAUACUUGAUUAAGUCGAAUCCAAAAAGAAGUUAACAAUAUGCAUUUUAUGUUUGAACAAGAAUGACAAAGGCCUUCAUGUUUGCUUUUUUAUGUCCAUAGACGUUUCACGAUAUUUGGAUCUAGGAACAUUAGUUCCAUCUUGACAUUGGCGAUUUUUUUUUUUAAUUUCAAAACAUGAAUAUGUUAUUACAAUUCUCCAAUUUUGCGCGUUUGAUCUUUUUACCUUUACAACAUUUUUACAACUGUUCGGUUCUUAAUGGCAUUGUGCAUUUUGAUUUUAGAGAUUUUUUAAUUUUUAACUAAUAGUUACAAUGUAUGGUUCUAACAUCGUUACAAAUUACACUAUUCAGAUUCUUUCGUUCAAUCUCGUCAUGAGAGCUAGCUGCCAGGACUACAAUGUAAUUUUGUUGAAUUUAAUACGAUUACAAAUAGUGACUUACAAUGGUAUUUUCAACCUCGGUGUUACAAACAUUUUCCUCUACUUGAUCUUUACAAUUUUAAUACAAUGUACAUGUAUGAUUAGAAACACGGUGCAUUUUAGGUUUGAUCAUUUUUGAAGUUGUACUUUCCAAGUAUUUGAAGUUUUUUUUGUCAAAAUUUGUACAGUAUCAUUAAAAUAUCAUUUAUGUCAAUCGAAUAGAGAAUCCACACUAAGUCAAACUUCCGGAGUUAAUACGAGCAUGUUAGAAGAUGCCUGCUUAUAUGAUUGCAACAUAGCUUUAUGUACAAGUAUAUCAUAAUAAUAAGUUAUAACGAAUUAUGAUAUAAUGAUCUUUCAUUUUGAAAGUGUAAUGUACUUUUCUGAUUUUUGAUAGUUACAGUUUACUUUUCUUGAGGAAAUUGACAUGUGUGGUUUAAAAAUGACAAGUGACAUAUCAUACGGCCAUUACGCACAUGUAUCUGUUUUGACUAUCAUAUAUUUUAUGUUACUAAUCAGAAAAAACUGAAUCUGAUUUUUCUUAAAAUCACUGUUAUAACCAGACAACACAUCAUUAAAUGUUGCUUCCGGUGUAGGUUUUGUUAUGGGUUGAGCAAGAACAUUUCUUUGCCAUUUGGAAUAUCUUAUUUCACCAAUGAAUUAAUUCAUGAAACAAUAAUGAACGUACAUGUACAUGAAUGGAGGUGGAAAAAAUUAAAAUUAGUUUAAAAAAAUGUUUUUGUUGUUGUUAUUACUGUUUAUUUGAAGUUUAAAACAAGACAUCUAAAAUAUGA